AUGUGUUAUAUUUUGUCCGAUCAACAAUUAUGCGAAACAUUUGAUCAAUUAGAUACCGAUCAGGAUGGUCGUUUAAGUCGUGGUGAAAUAGCAGCAUUAUGGAGGAUAAUAAAUGUUGAACCAACAAGAGCUGAAUUGGAUUUGAUCUUUCAAGAAAUGGAUCCAAAUAAAACAGGUUCAAUUAAUAAAGAAAAUUUCGUGCGUUAUAUGAGUACACCACCAAAACAUCGAGUAAGUGCUAUCGAAUUGGAACAAUAUUUUCAAUUAUAUGAUAGUGAUGGCGACAGUGCUGUAACAGUCGACCAAGUAUUGAAAAUUCUGGAAAAAACGAUCAAAGUAAUAGAUCGGGAAUUGAUAGAAGCAAAGUUCCAAUUAGUCGAUACCAAUCAUGAUGGGCGAAUUUCAUUCGAUGAAUUUAUGAAUAUGAUAAAACAGUUUGAAUCCAUAGAACGAGGUUCGAUGUUGCAGUUUGACAUUGUUUGA